AUGAUCAAAUUCGAUGACUUUAGCUUGCCGCCUUCCAUGUUUACAGAAGACGAAAUGGAAAUCCAAAUAACCCCGCUUGGGAACUCUCACCAGAGUGAUUCCGAAAGCCCUCUGUUUACGGCAAAUGUCACCCCUACGCUCAACAACACCGGAGAAGGCCCGGUAGAUAUAUCCGUACCAGCAGAGUGCCACGGAACUCACAGUCAUGAAGGAGAUAGCGCUGUUAGGGACGCUGCAAAGGACUUGGCUGUUCUCGAAUAUAACGGAGAGCAGAAGGCUGCACCUGCGUCAUCCGGCCGAGGACCUGCCCUAUCACCGGGUGGGCGAUUACCAUCAGGCCAGAUUGUUACUCCAGUCCGGCUUCGACCCGACUCUCCAGGAGCUGCCAGAGUUGCCAACGACUCCGGGUGGGGCGGCUUCCCAAACCCCAUCGAGUUGCUAUACCCCGAAGGUGAUGCCGAGAUACCGCGUUGCGGUAGAGUCACCCACCCCCGUUCCUCGGAUGAGGAAGGGAUUCUCGUUGAACGGCUCUGA